UGCGGCGUUUGUUGCCGGAGUGCUGAGAGAGCCUUGGAUCUUCAGUGAGUUGGCUCCGCUGGUUUCUCUGCCUCUGAGGAUGCUUACCUAUGCGCCAGGCCAUCAUUUCUAGUUGCCCCUCAGGGAAAGGCAAGGUAAAGUUGCUGUGACUGGGCUACCUGGGAUUGGUCAAAAGGAGGAUGAAUGGGAGGAGCUUCCAGUGAAUGAUGGAGUUUUCCAUCUUCAGCCAGAGUGGCCAGUGGUGGGACGGCCUGCAGGAUCAGCUGGGCCUCCGCCAGCAGCAGCACAGGGCCUUUGACGAAGACAGACAGAGUGAGGGGCAGACAGACCAGGCCACUGGGCCGAGUUUGAGCAAGAAGCCUCUUCCUUCUCCGAGGUUUCCCAAAGGAGAGCAGAAAUAGGUCAAGGGCAGCCCAAGCAGCCACUUUCACUCUCCGCCCACAAGGCCCCAGCUUUGGAGAUGAGGAAUUCUGAAGACCCCCCAGCCACCCCAACUGUGCUACAGCGCCUGCUCCAGGAGCAGCUGCGCUAUGGGAACCCCAAUGAUAAUCGCAACCUCCUGGCCUUGCACCAGCAAGCCACAGGGAAUGCGCCACCCUUCCCUGGCGGUGGGGGCGGGAGCCCUGGAUCUCAGGGGGAAGGGAUGAACCCCCAGGAUCACCAGCACCCACAUCAGCAUCAGCACCAGCACCCGCACCAGCACCCUCAUGUGCACCAGCACCCACAUGUGCACCCACACUCCCACCCACAGCAACUCGGGGCCCAUGCUGCCCGCCAAGAGCCCCAGGGCCAGGAGAUCCAGGUGGACAACAACGUCAUGGAGAAGCAGCUGCCCUCCCAUAGACAGAACAGUGAAGAUCUGCCCACCUAUGAGGAAGCCAAGGUCCAGUCCCAGUACUUCCGAGGCCAGCAGCAUGCCAGUGUUGGGGCUGCCUUCUACGUCACUGGGGUCACUAACCAGAAGAUGAGAACGGAGGGACAGCCAGCGGUACAGCGGCUCAACCCUGGGAAAGUCCACCAGGAUGAGGGGCUCCGCGAUCUCAAGCAAGGCCACGUCCGCUCCCUAAGUGAGCGCUUGAUGCAGCUGUCACUGGCCACCAGUGGGGUCAAGGCUCAUGCCCCCGUGACGAGCUCUCCACAUUCUCCACCGCAGCCUGGCGACCUCUACAAAAACCCUGCUAGUUCGAGUGACUAUUACAAGAACCCAGGACCAGCACCAGCCCAGCCCAGCCUGAAGGUCAUGGAGCAUCGGGGCCCCCCUCCUGACUAUCCCUUCAAGGGCAUGCCCAACCCAGCUUUGAUCUGCAAGCCCCAGGAAGCCGGGCACUUCUUCAGUGAGCAUCGUCUGAGCCAGCCUGGGAGAAUGGAGGGGCCCAUGAUGAGCUAUCUGCUGAUUUCUCCAUCCCGGAAAAAGCCAAUCCGGGAAAAUCGGCCUCUUAGCAAGAUUUCUUUCCGUGGGAGCCAGGGGAGAGAAUUGGAGGGGUGUGCUCCUAGACUACUCCUGAAGUCUAGGUCUGGGGAGAAGGAAGAUGAGCCGCCAUCAGGGCCCCUCCUGAAUCCUGUGGAAACCAAGUAUCUGCCAGCCCAGGACAUCUCACUGCAGCCAAGGACCCCUCACCAUCACAGCCCUACAUCUUCUGUGACGUCGCUGGGGUCCUUGAACCUGCUACAGUCUCCACCAACAACCAGGCCAUCACCUGCACAGCAGCACCCGCUGAGCCCAAACCAGGGAGAGCCCAACAACUCUCUCCUGCCCAGGCCUCAGCAGCUAUUCCUGCCUAGUCAGGGCCACCAGGGGGAUUCAUAUCGCCAGGGCCAGCCCAAUCCAAACCAGCAGCAGCCAGGAGAAGCCUACCCAGCCAUGCCUCGGGCUCAGCAGAUACCCUCACCUUACCAGCCCAUGCCAUCGGACCCCUAUGCCAUUGUCUUCAGAGCCCAGCAGAUGGUGGAGGUUCUCUCUGAGGAAAACCGGUCCCUGCGGCAGGAGCUAGACACCUGCUAUGAGAAAGUUACAAAGCUGCAGAAGCUGGAGACAGAAAUCCAGCGUGUCUCGGAGGCCUAUGAAAACCUAGUGAAGACCUCUUCCAAGAGGGAGACCCUAGAGAAGGCCAUGAGAAACAAACUCGAGGGAGAGAUCCGCAGACUCCAUGACUUUAAUCGAGACCUUCGAGAGCGAAUGGAGACAGCCAACAAGCAGCUUGCUGAGAAGGAGCAUGAGGGCUCAGAGGACACCCAGAAGACCAUCUCCCAGCUCUUUGCACAAAAUAAAGAGACUCAGCGGGAGAAGGAGAAGCUGGAGAUGGAGUUGACAGCUGUGCGCUCCACUAAUGAAGACCAACGACGCCAUAUUGAAAUCCGGGAUCAGGCCCUGAACAAUGCCCAGGCCAAGGUGGUGAAGCUGGAAGAUGAGCUUAAGAAGAAACAAGUGUAUGUGGAGAAGGUGGAGAAGAUGCAGCAGGCUCUGAUGCAGCUGCAGGCUGCCUGCGAGAAACGGGAACAGCUGGAGAACCGCCUCCGGGCCCGCCUGGAGAGAGAGCUGGAGUCUCUGCGUAUGCAGCAGCGUCAAAGCACCUCGCAGGCCACCAACCUCUCAGAGUAUAGUGCCUCAGCCCUCAUGGAACUCCUUCGGGAGAAGGAAGAACGCAUCCUGGCUCUGGAGGCCGACAUGACCAAGUGGGAGCAGAAGUACUUGGAGGAGACGGUGAUGAGGCAGUUUGCGUUGGAGACCGCAGCCACAGUGGCCGCACAGAGGGAUACAACCGGCAGCAGCCACUCUCCUAACACCAGCUAUGACAAGUCCUUGGAAGCACGAAUCCAGAAGGAGGAGGAAGAGAUCCUGUUGGCCAACAGGAGAUGCCUUGAUAUGGAGGGCAGGAUUAAGACCCUUCAUGCCCAGAUCAUUGAAAAGGAUGCCAUGAUUAAGGUUCUCCAGCAGCGCUCCCGGAAGGAGCCCAGCAAGGCUGAACAGCUGCCACCCAUGCGUCCAGCAAAGUCUCUGAUGUCCAUUUCUAACACCAGCUCAGGUUUGAUCCCUCACUCCUCCACCCUCAGCAGCACCCCCAUCCGGGAAGAGAAGCGAGAGAACAAGAGCUGGAAGGGGAGCUUAGGAGUCCUCCUGGGCACAGAAUGCCACUCUGAGUCAUCCAUCCCUUCUACCCCAUCUUCCCCACCACUUUCAGCUCACUCCAAGACGGGCAGCCGCGACUGCAGCACCCAGACUGAUCGGGGAGCGGACCCAGCUAAAACCACCAAUGCCACUGCAGCCCCUGCCACCACCGCCGGGCCUGGCCCCGAGGCAGCAGCCGCAGCUGCGGCUCCUGUCCCUCCUGCAGCUCCUGCUCUUGCCACUGCCACUGCCACCAGCACUGCUGUUGCUCCGGCAACUGCUGGGGCCGGGGCCGCCGCUGGGGCCACUGCCGGGGCCGCCACUGGGGCCGCCGCUGGGACCGCUGCUCCCUCUUCUUUCCAUCCAGCCACCAUCGCUGGACCAGCUCAUUUCCCUGCUCCAAACUUGGCCUAUAAUUCAGACAAGACAGAUGGCCCAGUUGUCCGCUCUGCUGCUGCAGAAAGAAAAGUGAGCAUUCGUGCUACAGGAGAAGACCUUCCAGAUGUGGAAAUGGUGGAAUAUCUCAUCUAAACAGGCCAAGGAAGAGAUAUAGCCUGUUGCCAAGACCAUGCUUUAUCUUUUGUUUUUUCAGAAAGUUAUUUUGUUUGGAAACAAGGCAGUCCUUGAGUUCUGAGGAAUAGUCACUGCCUCCCACUCUAGUGAUAAGACCUUAAAAGGCAGAGUAAUUAGAAUGUGCUUUAAAUUAGGUUUGGAUUUUUUUUCUUGUUUGAAUAAUGGAACUCCUCUCGUCUGGAUAGAAACCACUGUCUUAAAUGCACCGAGUUUGGUUGUCAAUUUCAGCCUUUUAAUACUGUCAUUGACAAAUGUAUUUGUAAUAUGGAGAUGAGAGGCUUGGAAGCAUGCUUGGUCCAUUGACCAUCUAGCCAUCGUGCAGGGAAAAUGCUAUUUGGUGGCUUGUGGAAAAGGGGGCUGGAGGUUGGGACUCUGAUCACCACUCGUCCCCUCUCCACCAGAACCCUUCCCUCAGCUUUCCUGCACUAAAAAAUGGAACCCACUUUGGUUGUUGGGCAACUGGCCACUGGCUUUUUGCGUGCAGAUUUCCGAAAACACCUGUCUUCUGGAACAGGUUAGAAAUCAGAAAAUUGCUUCUUGCAUCUUCUGCAUGUUGCCUCCAGUGGGCUCUUUCCAAAGACCAAAGGAUGUGUCUGGUGGCAGAUAGUAUCUUGGAAUGCUAGUCGUGGUCUGGAAACAAGCUGGUUCGUCUCCCACCUUCCUCAGAUCUGGCUUAAGAGGCCUAUAUGAUCAUUACCCUAGCAGGAAUGGCACUGAAAACUCAGAGCCCUAAGAUGCAGUGGUGGGGGGGGGGAAGCUGUGGGGGAUGGCCUGUCCCCCACCACCUCUUCUCAUCACCAAUUAUACCACUCUGGGGGGAAAGCCUUAACAGACCUUUUAGAAAGCAACAGGGAAGGGUUGCAAGGGUAGGAACCAAAGACAUUGUAGGGAAACAUCUCUAAAUAACUCCACGGAUAGAAGUGGUAUGGUAGGCUUGAAAGCGGGAGACUUGGGCUCAAAUCUCAGUUCCCACGCUUAAUAUCUGUGUGACUGUGAGCAAACUGCUUUUCCUCUCUGAGCCUCAGUUUUCUCAUCUGUAAAAGGGAGAGAAUAAUCUUGCACGACCUACCUCACAGGGUUCUGGUGGGGCAGGUGCUUCGUCAAUCUUAAAGCAUCAUAGAAACGUGAGUUAUUAGAGGGCCGUGCUGUUCCCUGCGGCAGGUCCCUGCCCUGUGAAUGAAGUCAUUCACAGUCAUUGUAGUGGGGAGGGGUGGGGAAUGGGCAAAGGGGCUUGGCGUUAGAAUCCAGACAGAUAAAACCGUAGGCAUGCUCCUUGGACCAUGAUCAUUAUAAUGGUCAUACAUGCGUUUAGACAUACAAUAAUCUUAGAGCUGGGAGGGACCUUAGACACUAGUUCAUCCCCCUCUUUUUUUUAAUAGUGGGGAAGACUGGGGUUCAGAGGAGGGGCAGUGAUGUGCCCAAGGUCAUACAGAGAGCCCAUGGCAAAGCAGAAACAAGAGCAUAGGCCAAAGCUCUUUCCACUGGACCACACUGCUCCAUUGUUUCUUAGGGAUCUUCUGCAAGGAUUCCCCUUUGAAUGAGCCAGGGCUGGAAGGGGAGGUGGGAGGAUGUCUGGAAUGGCCAUGUCUCCCCCACUUCCUGUUUCCCGAGGCAGGCCCUUCUCUCCACCUGCACCCUGAGCCGCCCUCAGUCUGGGAGCCUCCAUGUACUUCCUGGGCUCCUCUCUGUGUCCAGGUGGACCUUUCUAUGGAUCUUGGCUCUUCUCUCUUCCAGUGACAGAGUUCCUAGUGGAACUGUGUCCUUGGUCACUGCUUUUCAGUGACCCAGCAGGCUGACGCAGAUGCACAGCAGCCCAUGGGCAUGUGCUCCUUUAACCACCAGAACGUAGCUGUUCUUCUGCCUGUGGUUGCAGUUCAAGAAGAUGCUUCCCAGGACAGCCAGCUUCCUGCCCCUCCCCAGCUCCCCACACAAAGUUGUCUUUUCUUUCCUACGUUUUCUCUGAAGGUCCCAGAAUUCCAGAGGGAUUCUGCUGGCUUAGACGCUGGGUGAUCGGGGGGGGCAUUUCUCAGAACUUCAGUGGGGUCUCCAUGACUCUUCCCUCCCAACCCCAGUUUGUCACCAGCAGCUGUCUAAAUGAACCUGAAUACUGUUCUUUCAAAAGAUCUUGAAAUGGGUCUGAUUUGCUUCUGAUUUCAGGUGUACGUUUCUUGUUAGUGGCCACUUUGGGGCCCUCUCUCUGGCCCCUACCUAUCUAUGCAUUUGUCUGGCCCCUUCACUAGGAGGGAGGCCUUGUUUUAUUUA